UCUCUAUGCUUCUUUUUGUCUUUUUGAGCAUCAUUAAAUAUUGUAUUAUUGUUUUCAUUCUGAAAUUCGGAACAACUUGUUGUCCUACGUUGCUGGGGCCAGAUCAAUGACGUAGCCUGUCGCUACAGAGACGCGACUCUAGGGCUCAUGGUGACGUGCAUGACUCUGAAUUGCUCAUGACUUCUACCGUCAUAGAACCAAAGUCAACAUUAAGUAAAAGUUCAACUGUUCAACAUCAAUUUGACUCAUACACAAUAGAAACCAUCGAAAUCAAUCAUCAUGUCUCUUCGCAUCUCCCAAUCCCUCCGCCGCGCAGCCGUGCGCCCCAACGCAUCCCUCCUCAAACCCCCAAUCGUCAUCCACCGCUUCCAAAGCACUCAACAGAGCAAAGACCAACCAAUCCUCUACUCCGCCCACGCCAAAGUCGUCGGCGCCCGCAAGGGCCACGUCGAAGCAGAGUCCCUCAACGUCGACCUCACCAUGUCCAAAGCCCUCGGCGGCCCCGGCGAUGCAGGCAAGACGAACCCCGAGGAGAUGUUCGCCGCUGGCUACGGCGCGUGCUUCCAGUCUGCCAUGAACGCCGUGGCUGCCAAGGAUGGUAUCACCAUGCCUACUGCGCCGGAGGAUAGCAUUGUUGAGACGACGGUGCAUCUUGUCGGUGAUAUGAAGAAGCUCGAUAUGGGGCUGAGGGUGGAUAUGAAGAUUAGUGUUAGGGGGUUGGAGAAGGAGCAGAUUGAGGGGAUUGUUGAGAAGACGAAGAAGGUUUGUCCUUAUAGUAGGGCUAUCGAGGGCAAUGUCUUGACAGAGUGUACUGUUGUUAAGCUGGACUAAUCGAGCAUAUGCGUAAUAUAUGUACUAGCCUAUUCGGACUUGUGUCUUUUAGAUUGAGUUAACUCAAAAGUGAAACACAUUUAUGUUUACCUCAAGCUCCAAUCAAUUUGGCGGACAGCUUUCAACGCAGGAAUUCAGCGAGGCCUUUACCUAACAUUGAAC